AUGUGUGUCCCCACUGUGCGUGCAAUUCGGCACACGUUCGUUGCCCCUCUCCACAGCACCUCGACCGCCGACACCCUCCACCACCUGCAUUCUCGCCAAUGCGACCACCAUGCGGACCUGCUGUUGGAAUGCCAAUACCGCGCCUGGCCCACUGCAAAACACACGGCCCCGCUGCGCGUGCCGCCACCUCAACCCUCUCCCUCACACUUCAUGACCGCGCGCGGCUUAACCAACACGCGGACCUCCCAGCGCGCGAAUCCCAAUGCUGCACCUAGCCUAUCGCACAACACGUGCACCCGCUCGGUGCGUAUUUUUCUCUGCUAUUUUGCUUACAUUUUGCUGACAUCCAGCAAUGCCAACACGGUGCCUCGCCCGACCAAAACGCGUGCCUGCACUGCGCGCGCAAUUCCGCACGCGUUUGCGCCCCUCUCCACAGCACCUCGACCGCUGACACCCUCCACCACCUACUCUCGCCAACCGGACCACCACGCGGACCUCCUGUUCGAAUGCCAAUAUCGCGCCUGGGCCGCCCGGACCUCCCAUUCGAAUGCCAAGGCCACACCUCGCCCCUCGCAAAGCACGCGCCUGCGCUGCGUACGCAAUUUCCUCCACACUCUCACCCCCGUUUCGGGACCGCGCCCAGACAGUGAAUGCCGAUGGACAUGCCCCAACAGUCGCACCGCGAACAACUCCCACCUCACCCGAUUUCCUCUCGCAACUGCCACCAUGGCCUCCGUCACUGAUGCUCCUGCAACCACCCCUGGCAGCAAACGCAAGAUGAGGCAUCUGUUGCCGUCCGCGCCAGUGCCUUCACCCGCAAAAAGGCAGAAGCCCGAAGACAGCGACGACAUACGUCUGGACCACGUCUCGAUCGCCACUGCACACGACAUCAUCAAUCUCGCGACUGCAGACCCCACAGCACUCCACUUUGUCACCAUUGGAGCCUCCGACUACCUUCAGCUCAAGACGAGCACCCAUCUCAUGCUCUUCUCUGUCGUCGGCUCUGUUACCCACAGCGACCUGAUCAGUCCGAGCGGUCGCAGCCGUCAACUCUGCGUUGCACCAUCAGCACUCACCUGGCCACGUGCGGCUGCCGUCCUGGGUGCCAUUCUCAACAGACGAACACUCGUCUUCCCGUCGUUCCAUGCCGGCCUCUCCUUCUCGACAAGGUUGACCACCGGCACCUCAAACACUCCAACCAAGAUCCGCGGCAUGGCUCCCGCCACUCCGGUGAACGCACAACGCGGUCCACCCCCCGUGCUGCCGGCCAAUCGAGAUGUGCCGACUUUCGACGGGUGUAAGCCCUUCAAGUUCUCCAUGCGCUCCAUAUUGAUUCUUCCCAAAAUCCACGACGAUCUCUCCACAGAGUCUGCCGUCCUCCUGCUCUUCACUCUUGGGAAGUACAUCAAGAGCCACCCUGAACUCGAUGACGAAAACGCCGACACCACUAUCUCCCUCAACAUCCAAUCCAUCGUCCUUCUCGCCAAUCCAGGAUUGAUGCCCCGCGGCUUCCUCGAGGACGAGCCCAUGCCCCUCCUCGGAGUCUUCCGACCGAAUUCCGAGCCUGACCAACACCACUCGGAUGACAGCGACGACGACGAUGCCUCGCUCGUCUAG